CAUUUCAUAAUCUCCUUUCGCACCACUAGUACGCAUGUGCGAAUCUGUGACCUUCCCCUUCACAUUGUAUUUGCAAAAUGGCCUCUCUGCUGAACGUGUCUGCGAAGUUGGCCCAAACACUGGGCUCAAAGUCUCUGUUAAGCCAACUGUCCAAACCUGUUGCUGCCUCCUCCAGGGACUUCCACUUCAAGAUUCAUGGCCGGAACACAGAUUCCAAAGUCUCCAACUCUGCACAGAUAUCCCGGGACUACCCUGUGAUUGACCACCAGUACGAUGCUGUGGUGGUAGGAGCUGGUGGGGCUGGAUUGCGGGCUGCCUUCGGCCUGGCCAACGAAGGGUUCAAGACAGCCUGCAUCACAAAGUUGUUCCCAACCAGAUCACACACAGUUGCAGCCCAGGGUGGUAUCAAUGCUGCUCUUGGACAUAUGGAAGAGGACAAUUGGCGCUGGCACUUCUACGACACAGUGAAGGGUUCUGAUUGGCUGGGAGACCAGGAUGCCAUACACUACAUGUGUGAGGAGGCACCAAAAGCUGUCAUUGAGUUGGAGAACUAUGGCAUGCCCUUCAGCAGAUUAGAGAAUGGCAAGAUCUACCAGCGAGCAUUUGGAGGUCAGAGUCUUAAGUUUGGCAAGGGUGGUCAGGCUCACCGCUGCUGCUGUGUGGCUGAUCGUACCGGCCACUCCCUACUCCAUACACUUUACGGCCGGUCUUUGAAGUAUGAUACUAACUACUUCAUCGAGUAUUUCGUCGAUCUUAUCAUGGAGGGAGGAGAGUGUCGUGGAGUUACUGCCCUUUGUUUGGAAGAUGGUACAAUCCAUAGAUUCCAUUCAAAGAACACUAUCAUUGCUACUGGAGGAUAUGGGCGUGCCUACUUCUCGUGCACAUCUGCUCACACUUGUACAGGGGACGGCACAGCUAUGGUCAAUCGGGCAGGACUGGCUAAUGAGGACAUGGAGUUUGUUCAGUUCCACCCCACAGGUAUCUAUGGUGCUGGGUGUCUGAUCACGGAAGGAUCUCGGGGUGAGGGAGGAUACCUUGUCAACUCAGAGGGAGAGAGGUUUAUGGAGAGAUAUGCUCCCACAGCCAAAGACCUGGCCUCUCGCGACGUUGUGUCCAGGUCCAUUACUCUUGAAGUCCGAGAAGGGCGGGGUGUAGGUCCAGAUAAGGACCAUGUUUUCCUGCAGCUCCACCAUCUGCCACCAGAUGUCCUCAAGGCUCGUCUCCCUGGCAUCUCCGAGACUGCCAUGAUCUUUGCUGGGGUAGAUGUGACACGUGAACCUAUCCCAGUGCUACCAACUGUUCACUACAACAUGGGAGGAGUACCCACCAACUACAAGGGACAGGUGGUGCAGUACACGAGGGAGGCUGGUGAUCAGGUGGUUCCGGGUCUGUAUGCCUGUGGGGAAGCAGCUUGUGCAUCAGUGCAUGGAGCUAACCGUCUUGGUGCCAACUCCCUGCUUGAUCUUGUUGUGUUUGGCAGAGCCUGUGCCAACACCAUCAUUGAAGAGAACAGGCCAGGGGAGCCUAUUGGGCCAAUAAGUCAGAAUGCAGGCGAAGCCUCAGUUGCAAAUGUUGACAAAGUUCGAUAUUCUAAUGGAAGCGUCCCCACAGCUGAACUUCGACUCAAGAUGCAGAAGAAUAUGCAGACCUAUGCCAGUGUGUUCCGUGAUGGCAACAGUCUACAGGAAGGCUGUGGGAAGAUGGCGGAGGUGUACAAAGAGAUGGAAGACUUAAAGGUUUCGGAUCGAGGUCUGAUCUGGAACACAGACUUGGUAGAGACACUGGAACUCCAGAACUUGAUGCUGAAUGCUGUCCAGACAAUCGAGUCUGCAGAGAAGAGGAAAGAGAGUCGGGGAGCACAUGCUAGGGAAGACUUCCAGGUUCGACUUGAUGAAAACGACUACAGUAAGCCCAUCGAAGGACAGAAGAUGAAAGCCUUUGAUGACCACUGGAGGAAACACACACUCUCAUAUGUUGAUGCUGAUACUGGGAAAGUGAAAAUAGACUACAGGCCUGUGAAAGAUGAAACCCUCAACGCUCAGGAUUGUCCCAUGGUAGCGCCAGCAGUCAGGUCCUACUAGGAACAAACUCAGUGAUGUUUACAGUGAUGGUCAGGUUGCUCGACAAGUGUUGACACAUCCCAGUGGCAUGGAGUGCAUUCAUUAAAGGCAAAACAGCUGACUGGAUUUGACACAGCUGACUUUAUACAGAUGGGACUGACUGGGAUAUGGACACUCCUGCGUGUUUAGCUCUUGUGUAUCUAAUGUUGCUGUCAUGCUUGCUGACGCGUUUUUGUCAACCAGUGCUUGAGAAUAAUGGUUAAAAUUACUGUUGGUAAUGAGAGUUGGUCAAUCUCUGAAGACGUGAAGAAGUUACAGGGUUGAUCAUGUGACGAGUGAAAGUUGUUUGUACAUAUUUAUUGUGGAAUAGAUUCCUUCUAAUGUAAAUAAAUUGUUCUGGACUUUCAUCUGCAGUGAAAGACAGCAGCUUUGCUGUAGAUUUUCCCACAUCA